AUGUACACCACUGUUGCAUUAUUUGCUCUCGUAGCGAUCUGUAGUCUCAGUGAAGCUCGCAUUGAUCCUUGUGGCAUGCCAAUCGAUGGAGGCCUCUGCUUGGCCGAUUUUCGAUCAUGGGGAUAUGACAAGAAUUCAGGCAAGUGUAUCGAAUUCAUCUAUGGAGGCUGUGGUGGAAAUUUGAACAGAUUCGAUUCUAAAGAGGCUUGUGAAAGCGCUUGUGAACGAACUAGUCCAUGCAGUUUACCCAUUGCCACUGGAAACUGUUUGGCCUACAUGCCAUCAUGGGGAUAUGACAAGAGAUUGGGACGCUGUACAAGAUUCGUCUAUGGUGGAUGUGGGGGAAAUGCAAAUCGUUUCGAAACCCGCGAGGCUUGUGCAAUGCGAACUCCCAAUUAUCUGCGUUGCCAUAGAGAUUGCAUAAACACUGGAAACAUGGGAAGUGGAAUGGAUAUACGAUCUUCUCUCCUGGGUCUUUUCGAGCAAACAUUUCAAGGCCUACAACCCAAUGUAUUUCGAAUAACCCCUUCGGGGUCAAAUUUUAUCGUGAUUGAGUAUAAAAGGGAGAUUGGAAACUACGGGAAAUCAGAAUUCUCACUCGAUCAAAUCUCCACGAUGUACACCACUGUUGCAUUAUUUGCUCUUGUAGCUAUCUCUAGUCUCAGUGAAGCUCGCAUUGAUCCUUGUGCUAUGCCAAUCAAAAGUGGCUUCUGCAGGGCUUAUAUUCCCUCAUGGGGAUAUGACAAGAAUUCAGGCAAGUGUAUCGAAUUCAUCUAUGGAGGCUGUGGUGGAAAUUUGAACAGAUUCGAUUCUAAAGAUCAUUGUGAAAGCGCUUGUGAACGAACUAGUCCAUGCAGUUUACCCCUUGAACGUGGAAACUGUUUUGCCAAUAUACCAUCAUGGGGAUAUGACAAGGAAUCCGGUCGUUGUAUAAGAUUCGGCUAUGGUGGAUGUGGUGGUAACGCAAAUCGUUUCGAAACCCUCGAGGCUUGUAAAAUGGUCUGCGACAAUUAG